CGCAUCCAAAGCCGGCGACUCCAAGCGUGCGAAUCAUCAGCAUCGUCAUCAUCAUCAACAUCACCAACAUGAUCCACUACUGAACCGCUGAAUGAUGAUGGAAAACCCAAACACUCCCCACCUUCCUGGGCCACAAACCAACGAACCAUUGUUGAUGCGCAUACAAAAUUCGAGUGUGUUGCGUUUUGCGUUAGAUAAUCGGACACCGGCUGGCCUCCAGUGAGUUGGGCACCUGGGCCACUGUGCUCUCCUUCUCCACGCCGUUAGCUAAUAUUUGUCGCUAUUUUUUUUUUUCGUUUCUUCGCCCUGUGCCUUGCGUUGAAGAUUUUGGGGAAACAAAUCCGAAGAGGUGGAAAUUUUUGGGCCUCAAGCAAAGCGAUGGCGAGAUGCGUUCGGGUAGGGCACGAUCGGAGAUGUCCAACACGUCAGUUCUCUCAGCUCGAUCGAUCGGAUCGGUUUUAAGUUUUGAGGUUAAAGUGUCGUUUCGUUAGGUGGUUUGUUGUUUCGACGUUUCGAAAUUUUUUAAUUAAUUUGUUACUCAUUUAAACAUUCACGGAAGUGUGUCUGCGUGAUGGAGGUUCUUUCCCAAACGAGCGUGUUUUUAGUGAUCUUCAUUUUGACGCUCGUAAACGAUCUUCAAUGUUUGCCCUUACCUGUCCAUAACUCAGACGAGGUACAGGCAAAAAUUAAAGCUGACCGUGAGCUGCUGAAUACAGUGACUUACGUCGGAAACAACAAGGUGUACGGAUUGUUGUCCAACGAACAACCUGCAAUGCGUGAAGCAAAACUAGAGAAAGAAGACCUUGAUUCCAGCAUACUGACAAAGUUGGAAAAUGUACAGAAGAAAUUCGUCGACAAGGGCAAUGUUCCAGCGCUAGUGGAUCAAACACAACAGAAAGAUUAUUUUGGAAACGACGUUAAAGAUGAACCACUGUACAGAGGUUUCGUUGGAAUAGUCGAACAGUUGUCCAAUGUCUUCAAUGCCAUUGUUGAGAAAGUACCUAAGGGAGCAGUGGUAAAUCUAAACAAAAGUGUCCUAAACCGUCUCAAUCAAAUCGGUGCCGUACUGGUGGGUCUCGAGGAUGCGAAAAAGUAAC